AUGUCUGGCAUUUAUUCUGGUCUGCAAGCCAAGAUUAAAGCUGUUAGUCCACUUGCGCAAUUUGUACCCUGUUCAGCUCACUCUCUUAACUUAGUAGGCACAAAUGCUGCUAGUUCUUGUAAAAAUGCAGUGAUGUUUUUUGACUUGCUCCAAAAACUCUAUACAUUUUUUUCAGCAUCAACAUAUCGUUGGGAUAUUUUAAAGUCAUCUAUUAAAAGUUUAUCAGACACUAGAUGGUCUGCUAGAGAUGACGCAUGUAAAUCAUUGAAUAAUAAUUGGAAAUUAAUUAUUAAUGCUCUAGAAAAUUUAAAAAAUGAUAAAUCUCAAAAGCCAGCUACACGAUGUGAAGCUAAUGGUGUUUUACAAAAAUUAUUAUCUUUAGAAACAGCUUUCAUGUCUAUAUUAUGGGGCCAUCUGCUUGAACGUUUUAAUUUAAGUAGCAAAAGAUUACAAUCUGUUGAUAUGGAUUUGGUUAAAGUUGCUGAAAUAUAUCAAUCAUCGAUUUGUUAUGUGAAUGACUUACGAACAGAUAGUGAAUAUGAAUACUACAAAAAGUUAGGGAUUGAAAAGUGUGGAAUUGAAGACUUUGUUAGUACAAAGAAACGAACAAAAAAUAGAAAAACAUUUAUUGAUGAUGGUCCAGCUACAGAUAAUAGCAAUGCAAUUGAUUUUAAAGUCACCACUUAUCUGGCUAUCUUGGAUAGAAUUCAGGCUGAGCUCAUAAAAAGAAAAAAUGCAUAUGAUGAGUUAAACAAGAAAUACCAGUUUUUAUUUUGUAUUACGGAAAUUACUACUGUGGAGGUAAGAGAAAAGGCUGCAGUUCUACAGCAAAUAUAUAAGGAUGAUCUUGGGAAAACUUUUCCAAAUGAAUGUGUCCACUUCAGAGCACACAUACUAAGUUUAAAAAAAAUGAAGAAAAUAGUCCCAGGGACCGCUCAGGAUUUGUUAACUUUUAUAAAAGUGAAUAACCUAAUUGAACUUUAUCCAUAUGUAGACAUAGCUCUUAGGAUGCUAUUAUGUACUCCAACUAGCAAUUGUUCUGCAGAGAGAUCAUUUUCUGCUCUUAAAAGAGUCAACAAUUAUCUACGGUCUACAAUUGGAAUAGAACGGUUAAACUCCUUAGCCAUGCUCAAUAUAGAAUCCAAGUUGACAAAUGAACUCCAAUAUGAUGACAUUAUUGAUGAAUUUGCCAACCAACAGGCAAGAAAAAAAUUGUAA